UUGGGGUCAUCAAAGGAGUUUUCUGAAGAUCUAUCAGAUCCAUCAGAUCCAUCAGGAAUAAUUAAAGCAACAAGGGCAGGUAGUCGCAAACGUAAAAUUAAAGAAGCUUUGCAAGAUUAUAGUGCAGAUUAUAAUGAUACGAGAGAUGGAUUUCUUAAAAAGAUUAGAACUAAGCUAAAUGAAGAUGUUAAAAAAAAUUCCGAGAGUGUUGUAGAUAAUUUUUUAGAUGCUGAUAUUAAGGCAUUCCGGAAAUAUUUUCAAGUACCACUUGCAAUAUUUGGAUUGUCAUCAGAAGUUUACAGUUGUUUAAAACAGGCUGCAACAUCUACUUCAGUUAAUAAUAGAGAUCUUGAACAUUUAAAAGAUGCUGAAGUAAUUAAGCACAUGAUUCCAAUGGAAUAUAAGAUAGAGGAGUAA